AUGUACUACAGGGUGCAGAACUUGGAGGAUUUCCCCGAGGCGUUGACGCCAGCCCGGGCCAUGCUGCAGUCGCUCCUGGCACAGGAAUUGUUGAUGGCGCGCGACAAAGCCUCGCCAUUCAACGUCCUAGACAUCGAGGAGUUCGAUCCGGCACGGCUGCGGAAGCCCAUGGAGGCUAAGUACGCCCACGUCAGGCACGAGUUCGAAUCGUACGUCCAACGGAGACAGGCUGGUGGCGGGCCAGAACUGUUCAAGACGUUCGAGGAAGCCUGCCAGUUCCUCAAGAGCAGCGCGCCCUGGAACUACGUCGACGGGGCGUGGCUCGCCCGCUUCCACCAGAUUACAACCCGGUUCGCGCUCCGGGACAUCUUCUCGGAGGAACUCGGCGACGGCGAUCUGGAGAAGAACCACGUGGUCCUGUACGGAGGCCUCCUGCGGAGCAUUGGCGUCAACCUCCCCGACGGCGACUCGGCCGACUUCAUCGACCCGCGGGACGGCAUGGAAGACAGAAGACCUUCAGCCGGCACCGGCGCGACGUCGCCGAUGACGAAACGGAGAGUUUGUCUCGCCUACUCUGGUGGUCUGGACACAAGUUGCAUCUUGAAGUACUUGCUGGUAAUGAGGUGA